AUGCCAAACAAUGACGACAGUGAGAUAGCCUCGCGCGUAGAGCGUAUCGAGCAACAGAUCCCGGUAGAAUGGAAAGGAUUCGCUGGAAAACCCAUGCAGAUGACAUACAACACCACCAAGGUGAACGUCUUCCGAGAGAACGCAGAUCUGCUACUUCCCAGUGGUUCCUUUACCUCAUGGGCUGCCCUGGAGCUGCGCAGUGCGAUAGCGGGCGAAGGUAAACAUUUGAGUGACGCUGAUCUGAAGAGUAUUGUAUCCCAAGAGUGGCGCACGGACCUCACACGCAGUAUAGUGGAGACUCGGCUAAAUCGACAUGGCAGCAAGAAUGGACCGGUGGUGCGGCGGUCAUCAAGUGGUGCCCUCUAUAUCGCGCCACAACCAGCACAACCAGUUCACAGUCGUGCCACAACACGGGGAACCUCAUCCACGGUAAACUUCGUGCUGGACGCUAUCGCAACCCCAGAGCUGUGCAAAAAGAUACCCACCUCGAAAUAAUAUCCCCUACAUAUCCGAGCACUCAAUGGCCAUCAUCGGGCCCAGCUCUAAAAGGCAACUAAAUGACCAAUUGAUCACCAUUCUUUUAUCUUAAUUAAGAUUUAAGAAAAAGAAUAUUUGAAACUCACUUC